UUAUUCACUUUUUUAUAGGAUGACCUGAAAAAUAAGCUUAAAGAUGCAGGCAAUAAUUUGGUAAUUAUCGACUUCUUUGCCGUAUGGUGCGGGCCAUGCAAGAUGAUUGGCCCAUUGAUUGAGGAAUUGUCAAAGGAAAUGCAGGAUGUUGUUUUUCUUAAAGUUGAUGUGGACGAAUGUGAAGAUAUCGCUGCUGAAUACGAGAUAUCCAGUAUGCCUACAUUCGUUUUUAUAAAGGAAGGUAAAGUGUUGGAGACCUUUUCCGGUGCGAAUUUCGAUAAACUUAAAAAUACGAUUCAAAAGCACAAAUAAAUAAAUAAAUUGUCACGAGUGUUUAAAUAUAUUGUAUUCUUAAAAACUGUAAAAUGACACAUAUUAGCUAUAAUUACUAUUUUACAUAAAUGUUAUAGAACGGCUUUUUAAAUAGAAA